CGAAACUAACAUGGCCGAGCCCCCCGGCCGGCGGCAGAGGCUCCAGUGGCUCCGGCUUCUGCUCCAGCUCUGGGCUCUGGCCGGGGGUGGGGGCCCCUCACUGAAAUAAACCCGAAAAAAAAAAUUACAGAUCCUCAACCAGUCACCCCGACCGAAAUCCAGCAAGUUUAAAGAGGGGUGGGGAAGAGAACGCCCCCAACCCUGCUGUAGCAUGUGGAAACUGAGCAAGAGCAAAGUGCUUCUGGAUGAUUCUCCCGAGGAAGAGGAGAGCCGAGGAGAGGGCAAAGCGCUGCCGCCGCCUCCGGCCGCCGCGGCCGCCGCCUCCUCCUCCCAGAACAAGGACCAGUUACUUCAAGAUGAAAUUACCUCCUCAGUGUCUCAACUUGCCACGAAGGUUCAGGGAGCCAGUUUCCGAGGUUGGAAAGAAGUGACCUCAAUGUUUAAUAAAGAUGAUGAACAGCAACUACUAGAAAAAUGCAAAUCUCCAAAGUUUAAAGGAACUAACUUAAGAAUAAAAGAAGAUGUGAAGACUGAAAAGAAAUCUGGAUUUUGGGACAGUUUGGUGUUAAAACAGAAUAUGCAAUCUAAGAAACCAGAUGAGAUCGAGGGAUGGGAGCCACCUCAGAUUACUCUUGAAGAUCCAGCUACUGAUGUAGGUGACUCUUCUAGGGACCAUCUCUCCUGGCCAGGUUGGGAAGAUGAGACUAAAGGUUCCACUAAAUACACCAACUUGACUAGCUCAGGAAACAGUUCCAGGUGGAGUAUCAAGUCAGCCGGAAAAUUGGUCAGCAUUAGACGGCAAAGCAAAGGUAAUCUUACUGAUAACUGGGAAGAAUUAGAAUAGUAAUGGCAAUUUGAAAUACUUUAUAAAUGGAAAUGUUUCUUGAUGUCUAUGUAUAAUCAAACCAAAAUUUGCUCAAUAUUGCACCUGUAUGCUUAGUUUUGUUCAGAUUCUUAUAAAUAUUUAUUCUGUUACUUUUAAUUAGUAUAUCAACAGAUGAUUCAUCUGUUUUCUUCAUUUAAAAAGAAAAGAAAACCUCUUUCGUGCCUAUUUUUCAUAUUUCGAUUUUUCCAGUAUUUCAGAUUGUUGAGAUAACCAAAAAUACUGUAUUUCCUUUGUGAAUGUAUAGACUGGUUUUGAAUUUGACUGCCUUAUCCAGAAACUUGUAGGCCCUUGGGAUCCCAAGACUUCUGAAGCUACAGAUUGUUAAUUUUGGAUGACUUCCAUUAAAAAAGCCAGUGUUGAUUUGUAAUUUGCCACAGAACUCUUCAUGCCAUAGUUAUAAUUCCUACGUUUUUUGUCUGAGAAUCUUCUUUCCUUGUUUUUUUUUAAUUAGUCAUUCUGCUUCUGUUUGUAUGUUGUAUGAAAUAUGAGACUUUGGCAGUUGUACAAUUUUCUUCCAUUGCCAGAAAUUUGCAGAAAGUCAAUAAGUCUUCCAAAAGUUAGUCUAAAAGUUACUUAAUUUAGCAGAAAAUCAAAAUUUGCAUAAAAAAACUUGGUUAAACAAUUACGUAGGAAAGUAAAGGGUUAUAAUUGAGUGCAAAAUGUCAAAUAAAAAAAUUAUAUUCAUUCGAUGCCUGUGGAGAAAUAGCUUCUUAUUUGCACAUGAAUAGCAACAAUUUUGGUUUUGUUUUGGUUUUAUUUUUCCUUAGUUCUCCUUCUUGACUUUUAAAUAUUGAUCUUAUUUUUAAAUUAUUUAUUUUUUAAAAGUCACUGUGCUUUUAUGUUGUCAGGGUAACUAAGGAAUGAUGUAAUGUGUGCUAACUACAUGUCUUAGUACUCUUUCGUUUUAGUUUGGGAAUUAAAUUGUUAUACUUCUGUUUAUUAUAGAUUUCAAACGAUAUAAAACUGAAAGUGCCUCUUUUUCUAUUAUAACCACAGAUUUGGGUUUAAUUUUAAAAAUUAUAUUCUUAAUGUAAUGGGUGUUAGUUACAUCUUGUAAAAAAAUGCCUAUUUUUAGCAGAAAAAUAAUUUAUGGCUGAUCCAUUGUUAUCAACUACGAAGUUAUUUCCUGAAGUAAAAAAUGUUU